CAUCACAAAAACCUGGCAUUUUAACAGGGGUGUGUAGACUUUUUAUAUCCACUGUAGCUGCUGCAUAUACAUUUGUAUGCAGAUUGGUCAUUCAAAAACUACCAGAGGAAAAUUAUAGAACAUCCAUCAUGGCGGACAUUAUGACUACUUUUGGCAAAUGUGUUCCCUGUAAGAGUGGGACUGCAUCAUAUUUCCUUACUUAUUUUUGGUAAAACUGAUGACGGGCGUGCAUUUCCAAUAGCUUAUUAAAAUGCCACCUGAUACAUCAAUAUCAUUUAAAUUGCAAAACAUAUCAUUAACAUAAUUAAAAUAUUGUCAACAUUUUUGUUGACUGAAAUACAUGUGACGCAUGUACGUAUGGGCCACUGAUCCAUAGCUCUCGCCAUAAUUUCAUAAUGGAGGGAGAGCUAAUGAAGGAAAUACUCACAUGAACUGGUCAGUAGUGUUCAUGGUAGCAGAAUAGUCCAAAUUUCCGUCUCUGCUGAAAGAGACGUUGUUUCCACAAGUGGGUGAAUUUGUCCAAUUUCGCAUGGAUGGUAAAGCCUCAACCCUUAACCUCUUACAAUUAAAAUAAUUGACCAGCGUGUCAAAGCGGAAAGUCUGUCCAGGUUAUUAUAAUGCCAAACAAUGCAAUGUAAAUUAAAUCACACAUAUUCCACUGACAACUUCUUUGAUGAAUUUGGACUUUGAGAGAAUCAAAUCAUGAAAGGCGGUGAGAGAUGUCAACAUAUUACGGUCCCCUACUGGAACUCUCUAGACUAGAGCAUCAUGGGUAAUAUGCCCAGCUGGAUGGAGAAGCCAGGCCACAAAGCUCCCGAACGCACGUACACCCUCCCUUCAUCUGUCUCCACACACACACACACACACACACAAACACACUCUCUCACAGCUUUUAAUAGACACCAGUGGGCUUUUAGUGCAAGCCAGCAGCACAUCUAACCAGAUUGACUGGCUUUACUCUGCAAACACUCAGUUUCCAUGGAAGCAGCAAGUGUUUGUGUCAGAUUAAAAUAGUCUGGUCCAGAAUUAUAAUACUGAGCAAAACAUAUCAAUAAUGCAAGUACUGAGUUGUAUGCUCAAUAAUAUUAAUACAAUUGCCCAGAGACAGAAAUAGUGUUUACCAAGUAAUGUUUUUCUCCUAAGUAAUAAAACUAAAAAUGUAUUGCAUUUAUAAAGCACUGUUCAUUCAUAAUCUUGAAUGAAUAAAUGAUUGGCCUUUCUGUUUUCAAUACCUUUCAUAUCUCUGAGCCUUUUAAUUUGUUUUCUGAGUUUGAAGAACACAUUGGGAGGGAUCCUAGACCAUUAUGACAGAAUAUUACCGAGAUGGACUUUAUAGCUUUCUCCUGACCUGACUGUGUUGGGGCCGUUGCUUAGUGCAGACCUGUCCUGUGUCCACCACUCAUAUGAAUGGCUCCAUGUUGAUAAACUGUGUGUGGUAGGUGCGUGUAGGUGUGUAGUAUGCAUGAUGUAUGUAUAUCCUGUAUAAUUCAGCUGGUAGUGUAUAGGACUUGGCAUGCCACGAUAGUGGGUUUGAGUUGAGCAGUGGGGCUAGGACAAAAAAAAGUAUAAAAAUGUAUCCACUCGCCACUAACAUUACUGUGGUUCCAUGUGAAUCUGUUUUUGUACCUGUUUGUGUGUCAUGUGCCUUGCAAUAAUUGGUUACAGGAACUACUGUAAGUCACUCUAGAUGUUCUACAUCACCCUUGUGUGUCUACACAAGUUGACACACCUCCACGGUCUCUAAAAUUUGCUGUCUGAAAAAUAACUUAAAAAGUGGAAUUUUAUAUUUUCCAAAUGACUAAUACAUACAAAACAAUAAUGUUUUGAUUAUGUAUGUCUUCACACUUCAGAGUUAGUAGUUGGGGAAGCACCUUUGACAGCUAUUACAGCGGUCGAUCAUUUGGAAUAUUAUUCUAUAAACCAUACAUGCACUAUAGUGUAAAUUACUAUAUAUAUACGUUUAGGGCAAUAUGCUAUUGUUUUUGUCAAGUUUAGUGAUAUGGUUGGAAAUCAGUAUGGAAAACACUGGACAAAAAUACCAAUGGUCCAGCGCGGUGGUGGCAGUGUCAUGGUGUGGGGAUGCUUUGCUGCCCCGGGACCUGGAAAAUCUACCAUCAUUGCAGUCCUUCCAAGGAAGUCAAGGAAGAGCAUACCUCUUCAACUCAGUGGUGAAUGUCGGAUGUGGACCAGCAGAAGAGAGGGUGUUGUUGACAGGGCUUCAUGCAGUUGCUGAUAUCUACUGUGAAAACUGUAAAACCACGCUGGGCUGGAAAUACGAGCAUGCCUUUGAGAGCAGUCAGAAGUACAAGGAGGGGAAGUUCAUUAUUGAGCUGGCCCACAUGAUAAAGGACAAUGGCUGGGACUGAGGGUGCAGACCUAGCUUUGAAGAGGCAUGGCUUUGCAGUAGGGUGUGGCUCACCGUUGGUCUCACCAAUAAGGUUUACCGCUCACUCAUCCACAUGACCCUAUCCACCUGACACAGCGAUCAUGUAACGCCACAAUACGCAGUUGUGAGGCUGUAUGUGUGCGAGUGUGCGUGCAUACGUGCGUGUGCAUGCUUGUGUGUUUUCCAGAAUUAUUAAUAAUCUCCAGUCAACAGCAUAUACAAGUAUAUACACACACACACACACACACAGUUGCACAGAGAUGUUUGCAUUCACUCAGCAUGCUGAUGCUUGUCCCAGGCCUCAGGAUGGAGAGGAGCCCCCAGGUUAUGGGUCCUAGGUUAUGGUCUCUGAGGGUUGAAUGAAAUGGAAUAUGACCAUGGUACUGGACAGAAAAGAGUGGACCCCCAGUCCCAAGAUCCCCUAACCCUCUAACAAGGUGAAAUUCAGUUCAACAUACUGAUUUUCAGCUGCAUUCACUCCCACUACCCUAUGGGGAUCCAUCUCCCUUCACCCAUUCAUUGGUUCAUAUGUUUUAAUGGACACACUCAUGGAAGAUAAGUCUCUCUGGAUAAGUCUACUAAAUCACUUAAAUCUCACUGUAAAAAAAUCUACCAACCAACAAGAAUCAUCAGACUUCUUGAAGCCUGAAAUCGUCCAAAACUCCCUUCAGCCAAAUCAGCACCUUAGCAUUUGGAACCAAGGUUGAAACUGAUGGUCAGAAAGAAAAUAGCUUAAAUGUUAAUUUAAAAAAUGUAUUUGAUGUUCUUUGUAUUUUAUUUAUUGGAGCAUGUGUUUGAUAUUGAUUAUCAAAAUAUUGAUUUAUUUAUAGAUUUAUUUGGUUUCUUUGGGGGACAAUCCCACCUUUCUCGUCUCUUUGUUCAAAAGGAGCAGCUUUGGUGGUUCCCCCUCACCACUCACUUCCAAAAGUAGCAAAGGAGGUCUUAAAAAGGAGGUAUCAGUCAAGUUGUGUUGUCAUUUUGCCAUUUUCUGUGAAUGUUUCAGUAAUAUCAUAGUGUGUGAGGACCAUUGGGUAGGUGUAGACAUUUACGCGUCAGCUGCAUGAAGAGAUGGGGAAAAUAGAUUUUAGCCCUUAGCUCCCUUUAGUCUAAAAUAAAUGCCCAAGGCUGCCAUUAUUAAGCAAACAGAUGAUGCAAUGAGGCAAGUGAUGCCCCCUCCUUCCCCGCCACCAUGGUUAAGGGUAGAAUCAACAAUAGGGGAAACAUUGCCAACACUUCUUGUUUUUGUUAAAUAAGCAGAGGUGAAUAGCCUCACUCCGUGUGGUUAAAGAAAUUGCUGUAAAUAUUCUGCUCUUCUAUUGCUAGUGCAAAAAUGUCAGUUGUUUCAGUUGUUAUGGACGUUAGGCUGCUGUUUGGCAAGUAUGCUUUUCUCCAUUGUAUGACUGACCCAACCUGGUCUCAAACCAGUGGUCCUCAGCUUCGCAACACACGUGACUGAACUCCUUCACAGUGUUCCAACAGGUUGAGACACGUUAUAGGUACCUUUCUGGCCACAUCAAGCUAACUGUGGAGUGACUUUACAGUGCAUACUUAACUCUGUUACACAAUAACUUCUUAAAUGUUGUGAUAACUACAAACGAUUGUGACAGUUUCAUCAAUGGGGAGUCCAGCUUUAAGUUUUAAGAUUUGGAGAAUAAAUGUGAUCCUAUAUAUGUUUCUUAGGGUAACUUCUACCUGGAUCUUCACACAGACUGAUGCUUGUGAAAUGGUGAUUCUCUGUUUACCUAAGUCUGCCUCCUCCACUGCCUUCUUCAAUAUUUGUUUUGUUGUUUUUUUGGAUUUUGCUAUAUGUUUUAGUUACCAACAGUAAAAAUGUACUUUCUGCAAUCUGAAAUAGAAAAACCAACCGAACGUCACAGAAUGUGACUGACAGUGGGAUUACACAAUCAGAAAUUGUCAGAAAAACAACCAAAGACUCUCCCAUCAACAAAAAGUUGACAAAACAAUGGACCUGCCGAGAUUGCAUGUAUCAGGACUGGGCCGUUUUCUGUCAGACAAUGGAGUGGUUGGUUGAGACAGUUAUGUGUGUUACAUUAUGUUAAUACCUAUAUAUUCACUAUGAACACAAGCAUUAUUAUAUAACGAUAAACUGUAUUACACAAUGUAAAUAGCCAUAUUGAAUGUUUUAUUUAUUUAUUCAUUAAUUCAAUUGAUGAUUAGUGUAUGCUCUGCUGUCUGUCUUGGGGCCCCUUGUGGGACAGUUCAAUUUCUUACUUUUUUACUAUUUAAAAAUGUUUAAAUUUUAGUGUCUUUUUGUAAAGGAAGGAAGGUUAUUGCAAUAUAUGGAAACUCAAUAAAGAUUCUAAUUUGAACGAUA